UAGCUGAAUGCCUGCAGAUGCAUUCUUGUUGCCAUCCCGUGGUGUUCCGACGUUUGUUGUCUUCCGAAAACCAACUCUACCAACUGUAAUAUUUACACACCCAGUCUAGAUGAUGCUGCUUCGACUAGUCACAAUAGAUGUCACAAACACAAUGAUACGUGUUUCGGGAUCACCAGGGAAGCACUAUGCACUUAUUGCUUCACACUACGGUAUAAAGGCUGAUGAAGAAACUCUCACUUGGGCUUUUGUCAAGAAUUACAAGGAAUACUGCAGCAGGUACCCGAACUUUGGAGCCAGCUGUCAGAUGCCUGCUUUCAAAUGGUGGUCAAGUCUUGUGGUGAGCUGUUUCAAUACUGCAGGCAUUUAUGACAACAAAUGUUUGGAUAAAGUGGCAAAAGAUUUGUACUACUAUUUUUCAACAGCUGAUGCCUGGGAGCUGGUGCCAGGAACUCUAGAUGCUUUAGAGGACCUGCAAAACUUUGACAUCCAACUAGGUGUCAUUUCCAAUUACGACCAUCGUCUGUACAAGGUCCUUAAUGAGGUGGAUCUCCGCAGGUUCUUUGAUUUUGUACUUCCUUCCUAUGUUAUUGGUGUGGAAAAGCCAGACCCUUGCAUAUUCUUAAAAGCAUUAAAACAUGCCAAUGUCUUGGCUAGUGAAGCUGUUCAUUUUGGUGACAAUGUUGUAAAGGACUUCAUUGGUGCCAGAAAUGCUGGAUUUCAUGCAUAUCUUAUGGAGACCAAAGGAGUCAACCAUAAUUUUAUUGACAACAAAUAUGUGGUGAAAAGUGCUGGAGAAUUUUUGCAAGCAAUAACUCCUUACCUUCGACCAAAACUUAAAAUUUUGUGAUAAUCUGAUAUACUUAGUGUUAUUGUGAUAAAGAAAGGUUCAUCAAAAGUUUAACUUUUUGCAGACACAGCUGAUGAGAUAUUUGGAAUGAAGAUGAUAUAAAUAAGGUGAAGUUUUUACUGUUGUCUUUUUAUAUAUUUAAAUUUAAGUCGAAGCUUAAGAUGAAUCUUUUUGAGAACAACUUUACUGUGACUCUCUCCUGACUUGAGCAUGCAUAACAUAUCUGUAAUUUUGCUUUGUGUAUGAGUGUAUGUUGUAGACAUGUGUCUGUUAUAUGCUAAUAUGGUGCAUGGUUGUUGAUGAUUUAGACUACGACUUAUUCAAAGCGCUAUGAGCAAAUCUUUGGAAAGGUGCUAUAUAAAUUCUCAUUAUUAUUAAUAUUAUUACCACCUGUUGUUCUUGCUCUUUUCUGUGUGAUUUUGCAUGUGUAGCUGAAUGUAAUGCAAAGCGGAACAAAGGAAGUGUGACAUUAACAAACAACAUAAGCAUGAGCCAGUACAAGAGUGAAAAAUUUAUUAUCAUGCCUAACGAAGAUGCAUUUACAACAAGUAUUACUCUAGUGCCUGUUGAAUUUAAAACUCAGGAAUCUUGUGCCAAAAGGUUUUCAGACUACUUUAUUUGUAAAUAACAUAAGCAUUGUAUCUGUGUUAGUGAUGGGUCAAUGGGGUUAAUGAAUGUGGGAAAAAAAUUAAAACCUGGUGUAAAACUUAGAUUUCAGUCUAAAUAGGCAAAAAGUACUGUGGUUGUGUAUAUUUUUUCUUAUUGCAUCAAUUAUGCAAACCUUAUGAGUAUACAGACUGCUUUUCACAGUGAAAUAUUGUGCAAUAGUUUAUCAAUUUUGUUUAUAAAUGCUUUUGUUUAAA